AUGGAACAGAAAGCACAAACUCGGCUGUCGGGCAUGUCCCUAGAACGCAUGAGGGAAAUGGGAACGUACACCCUGGAUCAGUACUUCACCGAACUUGCCAAGGAAAGCCUAAUUCAGGGAUACAAGGAGGGGGUCGGAGCAGCCGCUGCCGCAAUCGGGACACAAGUUCUCCUACUAGGCGUACCCUUAACUUUACGGGUUGGAGCCGCUAUCUGUGCUGGCGCUCUCGGCAAUGAAAUCGUUGAAGUUGGAGCGGAGAAGCUUCGUGAGGUGAUGGCGGGUCCUAAUGAGCACGGGCAGAAGGACGCACAGGCCCACGUAGAAGGGAUUAGCAAAUUCUUCCUGCAUCCGUGGGAAUUUGGACAGGACCUGGAGGAGGAUGGGGUCAAAAAUCUUUUUGAAUACGCGAGAUCGUAG